UUAUAGAACAUGCUGUAACCAGCCAGCAAAAUCAUGUGGGAAAUAUAGCUAAUUUAAAACCUAUUUCUCUCAACCUUAGCAGACUAAACAAGUGUCACCAUUUGACUCUCUUUCGGAUAUUACAUUCAUCUGGCCCUGGGCCCUUCUCAUUUCUGCUGUCUAACCAAAGCCUAGUACUUUGCUGCUCAAAAGUGUAGUUUGGGAACCAGCAGUAGCAGCAUCACAGGUGCUACCCCAGCCUGUCAAAUUAGAACCUGCAUUUUAACGAGACCUACUCUCCAGGAAACAUCUGGAGAAAAUGACACAUUGGUUUCAUAGGAACCCAUUAAAAGCCACAGCUCCCGUUUCUUUUAAUUACUAUGGUGUAGUCUCCGGUCCUGCUGCUUCAAAAAUUUGCAGUGACUUGAGAUCAUCCCGAGCACGACUGCUUGAACUGUUCACUGAUUUGAGCUGUAAUCCAGAAAUGAUGAAGAAUGCAGCAGAUUCAUAUUUUUCUCUUUUACAAGGUUUCAUAAAUUCAUUGGAUGAAUCUAGCCAAGAAAGCAAGUUACGAUAUAUUCAAAAUUUCAAGUGGACCGACACGUUACAAGGACAGGUCCCCAGUGCCCAGCAGGAUGCUGUUUUUGAAUUAAUUUCCAUGGGAUUUAAUGUAGCUUUAUGGUAUACCAAAUAUGCUUCAAGACUGGCUGGAAAAGAAAACAUAACAGAAGAGGAAGCCAAAGAGGUCCAUCGAAGCCUGAAAAUUGCAGCUGGGAUUUUUAAACACUUAAAGGAAACUCACAUCCCAAAGCUUAUCACACCUGCAGAAAAGGGGAGAGAUUUAGAAGCCCGGCUGAUAGAAGCUUAUAUUAUCCAGUGUCAGGCUGAAGCUCAAGAAGUAACGAUCGCCCGAGCUAUUGAGCUGAAACAUGCUCCUGGCCUGAUCGCCGCGCUGGCCUACGAAACGGCCAAUUUCUAUCAGAAAGCGGAUCAUACUUUAUCCAGUUUGGAGCCUGCCUACUCUGCUAAAUGGAGAAAAUAUCUUCUCUUGAAAAUGUGUUUCUACACAGCUUAUGCGUACUGUUACCACGGUCAGACGCUGCUGGCUAGUGACAAAUGUGGCGAAGCGAUCAGGUCCCUCCAAGAAGCAGAGAAACUUUACGCAAAGGCAGAAGCACUGUGCAGAGAAUAUGGAGAAACCAAGGGGCCGGGGCCGACGGUCAAACCCUCGGGACACUUGUUCUUCAGGAAGCUCGGAAGCCUGGUGAAGAACACUCUGGAGAAGUGCCAGCGGGAAAAUGGGUUUAUUUACUUUCAAAAAGUCCCAACUGAAGCCCCGCAGCUGGAGCUCAAAGCCAACUACGGUCUCGUGGAGCCGGUGCCUUUCGAGUUUCCGCCUGCGAGCGCGCAGUGGACCCCAGAAGCGCUGGCCGCGUUCGACCUCAGCGGCAGACCCAAGGACGACGGUACCAAACCCAAGCCAGAAGAGGUGGUGAAACCUGUGAAAGAACCUGAUAUCAAGCCCCAGAAGGACACGGGCUGCUGCAUCUCCUAAAACACAGUGACGGGGCACACAGGAUGGAACCGCGGACGUGAUCUCCCCGAAGCCUGUAGAAUGAUAGUGCAUUCAGAGGGAAUCUGCCUUCCGGUUAUUCGUUCUCGAUUUUUGGUGUAGCGGAGAGGUGUCGCGCUUCGUUUCCACACUCCUUUUAACCAGGACAACAUGGGGAAGAUUUUAUUGUGCCUCUGAAGGGCGUGUUUGAGGGUCGGGUUUCCCCCUGCCCCAAAUUCUGGGUGGUAAUAGUCACAGAAUAACAUUGUAGGCCAGAAUCAUGUGGUGUCAGGUGUGCUGUUGUAUCUUAACAAAAAAAAUUUGUUUUCCUUCUUAUUUGAUACUAAAAGAAUGACAGGAGUCUGUUUUUGACAGACUUUUUCUUCCAUCAUUUUGUUCCUUGUAAGACAGACUUGUUACGUUGAGUCAGUUAACUUUUCUAGUGGGAAAAAAAGUUAGUUAUAGUUAAACAUCAGAAAAUCUUCAUCAAAUCCUUUACAUACGUACGUAUCUAUAAUUUACUCAAAAGAUCAGUGUUUUCAGUUUGUUGAGACCAUUCGAGAACUCACUCUUACCGUGGUGGCCCAACACCUCGUUCCAGUCUCCGUAAACCUACAGUGGCUUUUACAAGAACCUUUCUAAGGAGUUUUUUCCUUAGAGGACAGAACUUUGUCACAGCUCGUAAUGUUUCUGUAUGAGAGAAGACAGGGCGACAGGUUUUGCAGAAGUCAAAUAAGAUGCGACGUAAAGAAAAAAAACACUAGGCUGUACACCUGAAACCAGCAUAAAGUAAUAUUGAAUAUCUACUAUAAUUGAAAAAGAAAAAGAAAAAACUUUAAACCCAAAGGAGCUAGGGCGUCCUGAAUGACGCUGGUCACUACUUUGGGAGGUGACGGUACAAUGCCUGACCCGAUCUCCGUGUGCACUGUUUUUAUAUGGUUUUCUAAUGUACAUAUUCUGUCAGAAUUGUAUUGCUUUAGGCCAGAGGCCAUAGCAAAAACUUAACAGAGCAGACAGGUAUAGUAUGAUCUUAAAAAUAGUUUGUAAUAUUUGAAACCGUUUAGCACAUACACAAAACUUGGGAUGUAGUGGCUGCAUAAUCAUUAAAAGAAGUCAUACCUCUGUAGGUUUAUUUUCUGAUUGUUCUCUUGGGGCAUUAGCUAAUUUUCCUAUUAUAAAUGGAUUGAGUCACUUCAUAGAAAUAAUAAUAGUAAUGUAUACUGAGAGCUUAUCACAUGCCAGACGCUGUGCUGAGUACUUACACAGAUAAACCUGAAUCCACACUGCGGCUUCGUGAGAAAUAAGUGACAUCUGCAUAAAGCGUCAAAAUUGGACUGAACAUUUCGUUAUGAAGAAUGACUAGAUUAUGCUUGAAUAGAUCAAUAUUGUAUUCAAAUAAAUGAUUACUUAAAUCAUAGUUUACACUCUUGAAAAAAGCUACAUAGAAUCAGAGCAUUUUUUUAAUAUAUGGCCAUGCUACUAAAAAUAAUAUAUGGAAAUAUUCGUUGCUGUAAAACAUUUAACAUUUGAAGCUGCAAUUUCCAGAAUAAGUGGAGUAAUAACAACAUUAAUUUUACUUGGCUGUCUAUAGAAAAAAAUAAUUAAAUUUUACUGUAUUUUGAUUACAGAAUCAUUCAUCUAUCUGUUAUAUGCCAUUUACUGACAAAACGUUCAGCAGUACUUGAUGCCAGCUUGUUGCUCUCCGUCUAGAGGGUCUAUUUCUCUUAGAUCCUAGUGUUUGAGAACCUAGUGACUAGUUUUCACAGUGACAUCAUUGUGGAUCAUACUACUGCAUAGGGAAUGAAAACAUGGAAUAUGCUAGCUGCUUCUGUAAAGUCCAGUAAAUCCUGGUAUUAUAAUCCAUAACUGGCAGCUUUGACAUAAGCAGAUCAUAUUCUAUUGACGCAGCAAAGGUGACACUUUGUGACUGAAACACCCUAUUAUUUAUCAUGUCUUUGAAGUAGUGUUGGAAAUAUGGGGAAGUUAACAAAAGUAGUUGCAUGAAGGUUAUAGAGAGAUGUAACAACUGUUGCAUACAUUUCAUACUUAAAGCAGAUAAUGAACAGCUAACAUUCUGCUAAAAGUUGUUUGUUUAAUGAAUUAUCUAUUUAUAAAAAUAAAAGUAAUUUUACUUAGUUUCAUUGGACUUUAUAUGCUUUUCAAUAAAUAUUUUUACGUUUAUUAAGUCAGUAAGUUAACACGAAAAUCAUAAUUCUUCCCAAUAAUAUUUUAAAAUGACACAUUUUCAUCAGCUGUUUGAUGCUGCGAGUUUAUUAAAUGUUCGACAUGCCUUGA